AUGUCUACAUCUACAAUAGAACAUGAACCUCACGAUUCGUUGGAAACAUUAUCCACAUUAGUCAUUUCGGAGAAUACUGCUUUACUUGGACCUAAAGAUACGGAGGAAGAGACAGAGACAUUCAUAUCAAGACUUAGGGUCGUACUAAACGAAAUGUUUGAAUUCUUGGCGUCGCUGCUUGGAUUCAGAAAAUCGAAGGCUACCUUUGUAAAGAAAAACGUCGAGGAGGAUAAACUGAAGAUAUUUAUUGGCACGUGGAAUAUGCAUGGAAGACUUCCGCCACGUAAUAAACUUGCACCUUUUGUUGAGAAACCGAUAAUAAAUUUGGAAGAUACUCAACAUGCCCCCUUGUUGAGUCGAAAAUCGCAACAUCCUUACCAUUUAUUAGUCAUCGGAACACAGGAGUGCCAGCAUAACAUUAAGCAUUCGAUAUUCUUCCCGUCAAAAGAGGAAUGGGAAUCUAGACUGAUCGAUUAUCUUGGAGAUGAAUAUGUCCUUGUGAAAACGGAGACCAUGGCAGCACUGCACUUGGCUGUAUUCGUGUGGCGACAAUGUAAAGACUUUGUCAAAGAUUAUCAGCAUGAUGGAGUAGCCACAGGAUUAGCUAAUCUAUUCGGUAACAAAGGUGGAAUAGGCAUCUCCUUAUUAUUUGGCAACACAUCACUCUGCUUUAUUAACAGUCAUUUAGCCGCACAUCAGGACAAAGUUCAGGAACGCAACAACGACGUGAAGAAAAUAAGUAAAGAAAUGAAACUUAAGGGUUUCAAACCUGAAGACGAAGCUUAUGUUAAUGUGACCGAUAGGUUUGACUAUACAUUUUGGUUUGGGGACAUGAAUUAUCGCGUCGAAUUUACAAGAGAAGAAGCCGACGAGCACAUUAAAAAGGAAGACAUUUCUGCUUUACUUCUGCGUGACCAACUUUCACAUCAGCUUACUGGAUUCCCCUACUUUUCCAAGUUUAAGGAGGGCAAGAUAGAGUUCUACCCAACAUUUAAGUUUGACAUAACGCAUCGUUCAAGUCGUUCAUCAUUAACCGAGUCAAAACCAGAACCAACAAAUGCAUCUUAUGACUCGGGCCCAAAACAGCGAGUACCUAGUUGGACUGAUCGAAUAAUUUUUAAAACAAGACUGCCGCAAGAUAGUCAUGUCAGCAAAGUCGAAGUUGAAAGGUAUGGGAGCCAUACGAACGUCAUAGGAUUCUCGGAUCACAGACCUGUUACAGGUGUAUUUUUGGUGAAGUUUGAUUGGAAACUGGAACGUGAGAGGGUGAACACUGAAAUACGGGAGAGAAUGAGACAUGUUGAUUAUGAUGGUGUAAAGAUAAAGCAACGAGGUAUUGUUGGCAAGACAAAGGACCUUAUCAAAGGGAAAAUAAAAAAAAAAGAAAGGGGUCUGCAACUUCACAUGCGAUGA